AAACAAAUCAAGAAUUCAAUCCAAAUGAAUUCCUCAAAAGUUUUCACCCUCUCUGAAGUUUCUCAUCACAAGACAGGAACAGAUUGUUGGUUCAUCAUCAAUGGCAAAGUUUUGGACGUGACGAAAUUUCUAGAAGAUCAUCCAGGAGGAGAUGGUAUUUUGAUAGAAUGGGGAGGAAAAGAUGCUACAAAAGUGUUUGAAGAUAUUGGGCAUAGUAAAUCGGCCAAGGAAAUGAUAGUUAAAUAUCAGAUUGGUUAUCUCCAUGGAUAUGAACUUGAAGAAAAGGAUGAUCAUGAUGAUGAUCAUAUUUAUAAAGAACCAGUCAAGAAAAAGGAAAUGACUGCUUUUGUCAUUAAGGAAGAUCCACGAUUCAAGUAUGCUACAAUUCUUGAGUUCUUCGUACCUCUGUUUGUCUCAGGUGGAUUCAUGGCUUACCGUUACUUUUCUCCAUCUUUCUAAAUUAAUUUCUUUCUUUUAAUGAUUUGGAUGGAAUGUAAUCUCUUUAUUUA